AUGGAUGAUUUUUGUAUACGAGGUACUUGUCAAACGAUGUGUCCUCUACGUGAAGCACAACAGAGAGAAAAAGAAAAAUUAUUACAUAAAUUAGAAAUUAAAUUGGGAACGGAAUGUCAUUCAACACCAAAAUUUGAUAUAGAUAAAAUAGUUAAAUGUUUUAAUAGGUCAGCAGCUGGAAAAGAAACAUCUGAUCCAUGUAAUUUAAGACCAUUUCCAGUUUUGCUUAAAACAAUACAAUAUCUUUAUAAAAAAGUAUUUCCCUUGCAUAAAGAAAAACCAAUUUUUGUAUAUGAUUUCAUGUUUGAUAGAUUUCGUUCCUCUUUAUUAGUUUGUUAUAAUGAUUGCGAAUGUGGUGAUUUAAAUAAUAGAUGGGAAAUAGAAUCAUCAUAUUUGUUAUUUAAUUUAGGAAAUGUGGAAUCGUUAAUGCAAGGAGUUAGAAAUGACAUAUUAAAAACGAAUAAAAUAUAUAAAAUCUGUUUGAAAUUAUCAUUUCAUUGGUACCUUAAAAAUUUCAUUAGGGUAUUUAAAUUGUUGGUAGAUUUACCUCCGCUACUGUUAUGUGUCAUAUGCACACUCAUACCUGAAAUUAGAAAAUAUGCACUUCAAUCAAUGAAUUUUGCAUUCAGUAGUCAAAAUUCGGCAUAUCCUCUCGAUCAUCUUUGCGAUUUGUUAUUAUUCGAAAGUGUUGGACAUGCAGAAAAAGAAUGCAGUCAUUACAAUAUAAAAAUAAAUGAUGGUAAAGUUAAAUUUAUAAAAAAAGAUUUUGAUUUAAAUGUUAAGUGUGGAAAAGGUGUUCGAUUAAAAUGGAUUGAUAAAAAAUUAAAUGAUGUCGAUAUUGAACAUUUAUUAUGUUAUGGAAACGAUUAA